AUGAGCGAGCUAUGGUUAGAUACAACCACUGGUGUUAUCGAGAUAACAGCGACCAAUUCAACAAGGUGUACAGACAACCCUGACGCCAGUUGCUCUACCGGAUACUUUGACAUCGACGCCUCCUCGACAUAUAAGUUCAUUAGCAAUGACCCAACCGACGAAGCUGAUUUCCCCGUGGACUUUGGCAGUGACAAUGUGACCAUUUCCGGCCUUGCCUUAUCAUCAGUUGACCUAGUAGUCAAUAUGGGCACUGAUUUGAAUGAGUUUCUCGGUAUCGGUUAUAUUGUAAGCGACAAAUUAGAUGCGCCUGCAUCAAUCCUCCAGGCCUUGCUUGAUCAAGGACACAUCAAAUCAGCGGCAUACAGUUUGUGGGUAGAUGAACCCACCGGGACAACAGGAACCAUUCUCUUUGGUGGAGUCGAUACGACCAAGUAUACAGGUGAACUCUAUACCAUGUCUGUCCCUGCCGUAAAUGGGACACGCUAUCUUCCCACGGUCCUAAUGACAAAAGUCACUGUUCAAACAAGUAGCGUCUCGCCUGGAAACUCAUCGACUUUACCAACAUACAUGGUUUUGAGCUCUACGUCGCCGCAAACAGUUCUCCCAACCGAAACUGUCGAGCAGGUUUUCAAAGACUUGAAUAUUACAUGGGAUGAAGAGUACCAAGUAGGGAUGAUUGACUGCGGCGCCAGCGAAAAAGACUACAGCAUUACGUUCACAUUUGGCGAUUUCAGUAUCAAAGCCCCAGUCAGUGAUUUUAUUGCUACUGGUAACAGUGACAGAUGUCAGUUCAAUUUUGUACCAAGUCUUGGUGGAACACCAAUUUUAGCCAGCGAUUUCUUACGCAGAGCCUACGUUGUUUACGACCUUUCCAAUCAUGAGAUUUCCAUGGCGCAGAGAGAUUUUGAUGCCGAGGGGGAAAAUAUUUUAGAAAUCGGCAGUGGUGCCAAUCCUAUUUCUAGCGCGAUCUCUGUAUCAGACACUGCCAGUGUGACAGUUCCAACUGCCGUGGUAAAUCCAAGCGGAGCUACGGUACUGCCCACUAAGUUCACUUCUAGUGUUUCUAGUGCUCACUCUACAUCGACCAGCAAGGAUGUGGCGGUUGUUCCGACUGGCUGCCCCAAUAAUCCGAGUCUUCUGGCUGGAGUGAUUGGCGCAGGUCUUUGGAUGGCACUGUAA